GAUCCUCCAGCUUCCGUCAGGCGUUCAUAACCAUAACUUCCGGUUGCCCUCGCGUCCCAUCGCGGCGUCUGUGCUGCUUCGCACCAUUUUCAGCAUUCGUAGGAAAAUGGCGGAUGGCGUGGAUAUUGAUUUAUAUGCCGACGAUUUAGAAGAAGGAUUUGGACAGCAGGAUGAAUUUGGUAAUGAUGGUGUUGACCUCUAUGAUGACGUCAUUGGUGCACCGUCAAGUGGUGGUGAGGGUGAAGCCCCUGCCACUCAACAGUUGAAUACAAGCAGCAGCAGUUCCACUGCUCCAGCUCAGACUAAUGAAAGGUCCCCAAACAAUGGGGGACCAUCUUACCAUCAUGGCAAUAACAAUUCUCAAUCCAAUCAUGGCGGAAGACGCUACCAACUGUAUGUUGGUAAUCUGACUUGGUGGACUACAGACCAAGAUAUAACAGAAGCAGUUCUUAGUAUUGGAGUAAAUGAUUUCCUUGAAGUUAAAUUUUUUGAAAACAGAGCAAAUGGACAAUCGAAAGGGUUCUGUGCCAUCUCUCUUGGCUCUGAAGCAAGUAUGCGUAUGUGCAUGGACCGUCUCAGCAAAAAAGAGCUUCAUGGACAGUGUCCUGUUGUAACUUUCCCCACCAAGCAAGCUCUUAAUCAAUUCGAAUCUCAAUCCAAGACUCGACCUGCUCCUACCCCCAAUUCAGGACAUCACCAGCAAGGACCACAUGGACCCCGAGGGCCUCAUGGACCUCAUGGUCCACACCCUGGCGGGCCACGAAUGAUGAUGGGUCCACCUCAAGGCAUCCGUGGCCGUAUGCCACCCCCCGGUAUGCCUCCACCUGGAGGCCCAGGAGGUCCUCGCAUGCCUGGCCCACCUGGGAUGGGGCAUCAAGGACAUCCUCAAGGCCCUCCCAAUCAAGGACCACCUCCUUUCCAGCAUAACAAUUGGAAUGGACCACGAGCAAAUGGCAUGUCAGGCCCUCCUCCAAUUGGUCCCCCUCAGCAAGGUCCUCAAGGUCCCCCACAGCAGAGACCACCACCUGGCAUGGUGGGCCAGUAUGACUACCCGCCAUUCCAAGUUCCUCCACCAGGCCAAGUUCCUCCCAGAGGCCCUCCACCAGGUCCUGGUGGGCCUGGUGGGCCCGGACCUGAUCAGAGAGGUCCACCACCCAGACCUGAUUGGAGCAGACCACCAGGCAUGCCCCACCAUGGGCAGCCACAGGGAUUCCCACAACACCAGCCCCCACCAAUGCAAGGGCCACCCCCAGGUCAGGGUCCGCCCCCAAGGGGCCCACCCCCCGGCCAGAUGGCUGGUCCCGGCGGUCCGCCGCCACCUCACGGAGGCCCUCCACCACAAGGUCCCCCUGCCCCUCACGUGAACCCAGCUUUCUUUGGCGGUCACCAGCCUCAAGGUCCACCCCCGCACGCGCACCCUGGACACCCCGCUCACGCUCCUCACCCUCACCCCCAGCACCCAGCCCACCCAGUGCCCCCGCAGGGUCCUCCUCAUGGCCCCCCUCACGGUCCCCCUCAAAUGGCUCCUCACGGGCCGCCCCAUGCGUAUGGACCACCGCCUCCAGCAACCCAGGUACGCGGUUGGCCCAACAGUGAUCGCGUUCCUUAUGGCGCUCCACCACCUGACCACAGACCAGAUGGUCCACCACCCAUCAGUGAGACAGAAUUUGAAGAAAUCAUGGGGCGUAAUCGUACUGUUUCAAGUUCAGCUAUCGCUCGUGCUGUGUCAGAUGCUGCUGCAGGUGAAUAUGCCAGUGCUAUUGAAACGCUAGUGACAGCCAUUUCUCUCAUUAAGCAAUCAAAAGUUGCUAAUGAUGACAGGUGUAAGAUCCUUAUCAGCUCCCUCCAAGAUACUCUUCAUGGAGUUGAAACAAAGAGUUACGGCUCUGGACGAAGAGAUCGCUCCAGGUCUCGCGAUCGUGAUCGCCACAGGAGAAGAGGUCGUGACCGGUCCAGGAGCAGAGAUCGGGAGUACGGAGAUAGGAGGAGCAGCAGAGACCGUGACCGGGAAAGAGACCGUGAAAGGGAGAGGGACAGAGAAAGGUACUAUGCAGAGACAUACUCCAGAGAAAGGGCUGCAGAACGAUCCAGAAGCCGAGACAGGGAACGGGAACGAGAAUAUAGAGAACGCAGCCGUGAAGACAGUUCUACUCGUCAAUCGGUCCGUGCCCGUGCUAAGUCUCCAGAAGUCCCUGAUGCUGGACCUAUUGUCAGCUCCAAAUCAAGAUAUUAUGAUGAACGUUAUAGAGAGAGAGAUCGUGAACGUGAGCGAGAAAGAGAGAGAGAUCCCACUGCAAGGAGAGAGCCUGAACGUGAGAGAGAGCGGGAUAGAGAAAGACGGGAGGAAAGAGAGUCUUCUCACCGAAGCUCUACCCGCCAUUAAUGCCACAUUCCAAAUUAAUUUGAGCUAUUUUGUGGCCCUUAAA